AUGGUUUCCUUGGCUUUGGCUUUUUCGCUGAUGUGUCUGGCGAGAAGCUUUGUGAAAGAACUUGUGAGAAAGGAGACAGUGGAGCGCGUUGCUCCGGCUGAGGAAGAGCUACCAGAACUCUGGUACUCGCCUUACGGAGAGAGGACCCACACUUCAGGAAGAUGUCAUGGCCUCAGGAACGCAACCAGUGUACACCGAGUACUACCAUGCAAGUACUGUUGCCCCGGUGGACUUCGAUCCCGGGAACAACGCACCUUCGAGUACAAGAGAACCUUUUUGGAAGCAGCAGGAAAGUACCUUUGGCUAAAAGUCUUCAUGGUUGUGGUUCUCAUGGGCAUGUCAUGGUUCAUGGUGUUUGAAGUGAACGAGACCUACGGCUACCCGUUGGCCACGAACCGCAUGCUGAACUACAGGAACAAGGUCCUCAGCCUCGACAACAAGAACCCCAAGAAGAAGCAUGUGAUAAAGGAGAUUACCCCAGCGGAUGUUAUCAACGUCACGAGCUACCUCAAGAAGACGAACGUGUACUCCGAGUUCUACAAGAACAAAAGAAAAGGAAGAAGAAUUGAGCCCGUCGUGAGCUACGUCGUGCGCACGUGUUUCGAGAAGGAAGUUGCACAGGUCAGUUUGCAGCGUUCUUUUCAAGAAGCGAAAGUGAUCUUCACCAAAGAAUCGAAGUUAUCCUGGAUUCUGGACGCACAAGGAAAGGCAAUAAAGACGGAAGGCAGAAGGAUGCUGAACUUAACGUUCUUUGAUGACGACGGAAGCUUUUGUCGCAUCCAGGAAGCCUUCACCGUUGCCUCGGUGAUCAACCCGCUGAUGGCCAUAGGCAAGCUGUUUCGAGAAGGCUGGGAGUUGCGAGUGAACGAAGAAGAAGGUAUGUGUCUUACAGAUGGAAGCUCAAGAAUACCAGUGCAUCUCCACAAGAACAGCUUGGCAGCCUACGCCUACGUACAAACUCCUUCAAGAAGCAGAAGUUACAGCAGCAACAACUACAAGAUGGUUCGCACAGUUGUUCAGCUCAACAAGCACGUUCAGGAAGCAGUGAACAGAGAAGAACCUGGUUGGCACAACACAGACAGCAUGGUGAUUGUGAAGUAUGCCACUCAAAGCAGCUAUGAGAACCCGUCUCUCAUGUAUAGCCCUACGCACUUUCCGUACAGAAGCACUUUGGUGAAAGAAGAGAGAGGAUGGAGAGCAGUUGAAGUUUCAAGAAAGUACUCCGAGAAGGCAGACCCUUUUGAAGAGUUUGCAGAAGGAGAAAAGGAAGUGGUUACAGCCAUUUCAGCAAAGCCAAUUCCACUUUGGAUCCUUGGCACCCCUUACGCAGCUGGAGAUCGAGCAGACCAAGAAAGUCAUGGUCGUGACUACUGGAGAAUGGACCUCGAGAAGGGAGAAGUUGUUCGUCACCACGUAGUACCAAGAACUGUACUGUUUGACCCGACAGGAGUUGCCAACUGUCCUGUCCUCCUUGGAGAUCUCGAGAACAGCAGGUAUACCCAAGGAGACUGCAUUUACAGUACAGAGAUCUACGAACACAGCGACGACUGGAGAGCAGACCGCCUACCUCUACGUGAACACUUCCGUUUACCGUGGUUUGGUCAAACAAGGUUCCGUGUGAAGCCAGGAGUUGCUGAAGACCUGAAGGCAGAAGCUGCAGCAGAGGAGCUAAAGACGAAGAAAGAAGAGCACUACCAAGAGAAGGAAGAUUCAGCAGCACCACCAGCAGCAGAAGAGAGCAAAGAUGAGGAGAUGAGAGAAGCACAAGCAGAUCAAGAAGCACCACAAGAAGUUGUUGAAGUUUUGGAGGAAAGCUUCUACCACGAAGGCGUCGAGUACACAGCGCAGAAAAGCAGUCUUAAGGAACUACAAGCACUUUGCAGAGAGUACAGAGUGAAGACAACAGGAAGCAAGAAGCAGCUCUUGAAGAGACUCGCCACAGCAGUCAGAGAAGAAAGGCUCAGCACGCAACACAAGGAACAACGGGAACACCACCAAGCAUACCACCUAGCACCGCCACAGGAACCAACGGAAGAGGAGAGAGCGUACCACAACUUGACGCACCUUCCGUAUCAGCCUUGGUGUCCCCAUUGCGUUGCUAUGAAAGCACGAGAAGACAACCACAAGAAAGGAUUGAGCAAGCCAAGCAGCUCUACGGAUUCCGCGAAGCCCGUCAUCAGUUUUGACUUUUGCUAUACAAGCACCACAGGAAGUGAAGAACCACCAGCAGUGACUCUUGUCGCUGUGGACAGCUGGAGCAAGGCAGUUCUUUCGGUGCCCUGCAAGAGGAAAGGAGGUGCAGGAAGCACGACGCAUCUCGCGGAAGCACUCGUGCAGUUCACCACGCAGCUCGGGUACAACACCCUCGUUUUCAAAGCAGACAACGAGAACGCAGCCAAAGCACUCAAGGACAAAGUACAGAAAGAAGAACGCGAACAGCUCGAGAACGACGAGGCCGCUAGCGACCCUCCGAGUUCGGAGGACAGCAGUGAAGAGCAGCAGCGAGCACUUGAAGACAGAGAGGAACAAAGCGAAGGCAGCAGCAUGAGUGUGACGAGAGACAGAAAGAGAAGAGCUGAGGUUGAUGACGACACCCUUUUGGAGGAACUCAGAGCAGUUGAACCACUCACAGCCUCAGCAGAAGCACUUUCAGCACCAGCUGAACCACGAGCAGAAGCAAGCAAGCACAGCCUUGAGCCUGAGGAACCAAGCUCACCCAGCAAGCUACGAAAGCAGGUCAACAGAGCAGAGGAAACAGACGGUUACCUCAACAUGCCUCAUGAUGAUGAAGUCUACGAAGCAGAUGAUGUGUUUGUGUACGACUCGGAAGAAGAAGAAGAGGAUACAGAGAGUGACCCAACGGAAGUUUCUACCAAGGUCCCUGUCGAGUUCUUCGACGAGGAGAAAGGACCACCGAACGUGGAUCCGGCUUUUCUUCAGAAGUUGGAUGAUGAAGCUACAGUCAAAGAAAUCAAGAGGUUAACAAAGAUGGGAGUUAUUUCGUUGGUUUCUACGGACCCUCAGGAAGCAACUGAGAACGUACCUCUGGUAGACUCAGAACAAGAACUUCACAAGUGGUUGACAACAAAGUUGGUGAAAGAUUGGAGGUUCAGAGAAGCUACAGGUUUUGAAGCUGAAGAAGCCAAAGAAGGAACAACAAAGCCCAAGCAGAUUCAAAGAAUUACAAAACUGGUGCCCAUGCUGGCUCUCGCCAACCAUUGGGCGAUCUACAGUGUCGACGUGAAGGUCAACGCGACGCAUCCAGUCUUUGGUCAGACUUUUGUGAUGGACUUUUGGUGGAAGAGAAGUUUGAGCGUUGUACAGCAGUUCCAGCACUUUACCGUCUUCUACGACAAGGUGAACUACGACGUGGACUCCUUCGACGAGGCAAAGAAAGAAUUGACAGAGAGAGCAGAGAAGUUGAAGAAGGUUGAAGAAAGCCUGGAGAAGGAAAAGGAGGAGUUCGGAAACCAAAAGUCAGAGUUUGAGGAGACAGUGAAAAGGUUUUUGAAGAAGCAGAAGGAGGUGAAGGAAAAGGAAGACAAAGUUACAGAAAGAGAAGAGAAGUUAGAGAAAGACCAAGAGACCCUCCAAGAACAAGCCAAGGUCUUAAGCGAGAAGGAGACAGCCCUUGAAGAAGCUGAGGAGAACGUCAAAGCAAAGGAAGCAGAGGUUGAAAAGAAGAAGAAAGAGGCAGAGAAGAAAGAGAGAAAAGCCCAGGAAAGAACCGCCGGCUACGACCAGGAGAGAGAAGAGUACGCCAAGAAGUACGUUGACGACGCGAAGAAGGACUUGGAGAGAGAGCUUAAAGUGCUAAAGCAAGAAGAGAAAGUAAGGAACCAGAAGCUCGACGACCUCCAGUACGACUACAAGAGCCUCAAGGACGACUACCAGUACUUCAAAGGUUACUCACAGGAAGUGGACGCACUUCUACUUGCAGCUAAGGACAAGAUCGUGAAGUACAAGAAGAAGGUCAAAAUCCUCAAGGAAACCAUAGGUGCAGCCCUGCCUGGAAGCGAAGGUGAAGAAGAGACAGAAGAAGCGUACAAGAGCAAAGCAGAAGAAGAGAAAGAGAGGAAAGAAGCGCAAGCAAAAGAGGAAGAGAAGAAGAAAGGAAAAAGGCCAAAGCAGGUAGAGACAGAAGACCAAGAAGAGAAGCCGUCAAGCAACCAAGGAGACGAAGCUACCGUCGACCCGAACGACAUAGCCGAGUUCACGCAGCUUGGCUACGUGUGGGAGUUCAACAAGAAAACGCAAGAGUACCGCGCGAAGUGCGAGGACAAGAAAGGAAGCACGAGAAUCAAGAACGCUCCGGUGAAAGGUCGCCUCCUUUGGAACAAGGUGACGGAGUGCUACAGAAAACACAACAUUUGGUUUACAGACGGAAAGGAAUUGGAUAAAUUCCUCGAGACCAAGGGGAACGAGAAGAUCGAGGAAGAGGUGCAGCGACGCAUCGGCGUGAAGGGCAAGAGCGACAACACAGGAAGCAAGGGAAAAGGCCCUUCCUGGGACGACGGACGCAACGACGGUUGGUGGUACAACGACCAGUGGAACAACGAGAACUGGAACACCAACGACGACGGCAGCAACUGGUACGAGAACGCGAACCCGAACAACAAAGGCUACUGGCAAUCGCCAGAAGAGUGGGCGCAGCAGAACCAGUGGGACCAGUGGACACCCAAAGGAAAGGGUAAAGGCAAGAAGUCCAAGAACUGGGUGCAGACCCAGUGA